AUGUCUGAUCCAUCUAACCAUCCCCUCUCUCCUGCUUUUACCGAUGAUUCAAACCCGCCCAAUCCAGACCGUGACGAACAAUCCGCCAGCCCUCCUGGUCUAUUCGAGCCCUCAAUCGAGCCCGUCGGUGUCGCGCCACACGAAAAUCUUCAGCCCGCCACACCUACACCCGGCGAACCUUCCGCCUCUCAGGAGCUUCCAAAGACUUCUCCAUCUUCUUUACCCGAAGGUGGACCGACUCCACGCAGCGGGAAGCUUUCCAGCUGGCAAGAGCAUUCCAUCACUCCGAUCGCAGGCAAGGCUCACCUGUCUCGCUUCCGUCAACAAGAGUGUCGAGAGAUGGACCCGAUAUCGGUCGAGAUCCCCGUCGACGAUUUCGCGUUAUACUUGGUUCCUGGAACGGACCCAACGCCACAGGAGCUGGACCGCUUUGACGAGUUCAACCCGGCGAUGUUCGCCGUCGUUGAUGGUAACAAAACAAUUGACAAUCCAGAGAAAAAGAUGUAUGCCGAAGUUGUGCGAGUGACUCAAUCCAUCUUCGACAAUUGCUCUGCACAGGGCCUCAACAGGCUUGUUGCAAAGGACACAGGUGACCGUGGAGAGUCUUCGCUCCCUAACAAGGGAGACAAGAAACCUGAUGUAAUCAUCUAUCCGGACUUUCCGAGAGCGAGCAAGGACUACGACAUCACGGACGAGACACGCGUUAAGAGUGUCUCAUCAGAUGAGCGGCGACCAUAUCUGGCUCGCACGUCCUGGCGGUGGGCCAUCGUCCCCAUCGAGAUCAAGGUCGACAACAGCAAGGCACCAUACGAUUUCGCCGCGACAUACACCAACUUCAUCCGCGGGUCACUGGCUAGCAUGGAGUCGCGUGGUCAGAUAUUGGAGUACGCGAAUGCUAUCAUGAACCAUCAGCAUCGUCAACAUGUCUUCCUCCUUGUUGUCUGCAGAUCUCGCGCUCGUGUGCUCAGAGUGGACCACGUGGGAAUUGUCGUUUCCCAACCGUUCGACAUCUUCGGCAAGAAGAGCUUCUUCUAUGUGUUCUUCUAUCGACUGGCACGCAUGACUCCUCAGCAGCAAGGGUUCGACCCGACCGCUAGGCUGGCUGAUGAAGCAGACAUUGGCAAGAUGAAAGAUGCUGUUGGUAGUCUCUCAGAGUACCAUGCGAAGUGCUUGAAGAAGGCGAUGAAUGAUGACUAUCCUAUCUACAAGAUUACCUUCAAUGCUUCGCAACUCGCCGAUGUCAAAUCGAAUCGGGAAGACGACACGUUCCUCAUCGGGCGACCUCUUAACAUAAGCUAUUCACUCAGUGGACGUGCGACCAAGACCUUCGCAGCGUAUGAUGUUCAUGCCGAUCGCGUGGAGUUCUUGAAGGAUGCCUGGAAGUAUGCGUCCUCCCGGGUACAUCCUGAGUGGGAGAUUUACAAGGUCCUCAAUCAUGCUAAAGUGCCAUAUGUCGCCACCUUACUGUAUGGUGGAUACGUCGACGGUCAACGGACGCUGUCGCAGAAGUUCUUACCCGGAGUUCGGUCGCCAUGUGCGCGACUCCACUAUCGCAUGGUCCUCAAGCAGCUUGGACGACCUCUGUACGAAUACCAACACUCAGCACAAUUGAUUUAUCUUCUAUGGUGUGUCUUGCUCGCUCACCGGGGUGCGUACAAAGCCGGCAUCUUACAUCGUGAUCUGUCUCCAAUGAAUAUUGUUAUUAACGAGGUUGAUCCUCGCGACCGCAAUAUGCUUAUGGCUCUGAAUGCAGACGAGCCUGAACAUGGAGCUGGUUUGCUGAUAGAUUUCGAUUUGGGCAAAUUCCUCGACCAGCUGGAGAAUGGGCCGGCUCAAUUUGAGCGUUCUGGUACUUGGCAAUUUAUGUCAGCACUGCUCCUCAAGUAUCCAAAGAAGCAGAACUCUCUGUCCGACGAUCUCGAGUCGAUUGUGCUGAUGGCGGAGUGGAUGGCGUUGAAGUACCAUGACCACAACCUCGGCCCGGAGGAGCUUCAAUCAUAUAUCAGUAACUUCUUUGACUGGCGCGUGAGGAAGCAAGGGCACGAUGUCGGUGGUGGAGAGAAACUCAAGCAAUGGACAACUGGUCAGAGAUCAUGGGAGCUGACGAAUAGGAAUUCCAUCUUCCGCAGUUUGCUUCAGAAACUCCUCGAACUCGCGAAAGAACAUUACAAGGCAUUCGACACGAGCAAGCUAGAGCCGCAGGAGACAAUUCAGCCGCCACAAUAUAGCCUAGUAGAAUUCGUCAUGUCGGAGAGGUCUAUCGCAAUGUUGCAAGACAGCGAGGCAGGUGAAGACCUGCAAGACGCCAUGCUUCCAGGUGACUCUUCCGCAACUCUUUCGUCCGACACUGGACCAGUUCCUACAGCGGAUGCUGAGGCUUCACACAGCGCCGCGAUUCAUCCAAUGCAUACACCGCCUCGAUUGACUCUGGAUACAUAUGACGCUAUGAUCGCAAUAUUUCGGGAGGUCAUUCGAUGGAUGACGAAACAUCCGAAGGAUAUCGAAGAUGACAAGGUGAAAGAUCAGUUUGCGGCAUUCAAGCAGUCAGAGGAGUCUAGUUUGGAUGAGCAGGGAGAGAUUCAGAAGCCACGUCAGAAGAGAUCGCGUCUCGGAGACUCUGACUCCACUGCAGUCUAA